UGAGUAUUUAUAGCUGUUUGGUUCUUAGAGGCUGCAACAAUCAAUGACUCUUGUACAUAACACAAUCAAAAUACGCCGACAGAAAAUCUUCAAAAAUGGGUUCGAACGAACAUGAUUUUGAACAGAAACAUGUAAUCUCCGAGCGAAAUGUGAACUUGAAAACAGAUAAUUCAAACUUAGAUGAAAAAGACCUUGAUAAACACAAUGACCCUAGCGUCAAACCACCGUAUUCUUAUGUCGCACUGAUUGCUAUGGCUAUUAGGGAAUCACCGGAGAAGAGACUUACUUUAAAUGGUAUUUAUCAGUUCAUCAUUUCCAAGUUUCCAUUUUAUGAGAACAACAAGAAAGGUUGGCAAAACUCUAUUCGACAUAAUCUCAGUUUAAACGAAUGUUUUAUAAAAGUACCUCGAGAAGGAGGCGGAGAACGUAAAGGGAAUUAUUGGACCUUGGAUCCUUCAAGCGAAGAUAUGUUUGAGAAAGGAAACUUUCGUCGAAGACGACGUAUGAAAAGACCUUAUAGACAACCAGCUCUUCCACAGAAUGGAAGCUUUGCUUUCGGUGAUCCAAAUCAUUAUGGACCAGCAAGUUAUCACGGCCUUGCACCAAACUGGUCGCCGUAUGGACAGCCUCAACUCAACCAAAGUGCUUGGAGAAGUGCAACUCAACCUUAUUCACAAACAACUCGAAUACAAAGUGGUUCAUUUGUAUCACCCUAUAUGAACAUUCCUUCAAUACCAGGCGUCUCAAACUAUGCUACUGCUGCGUCUUCCUAUUCUACUCAUCUUCAAAGUCAAAUGAAUGAACAACAUCCUUAUAUUCCUUUACCAAAUAUGUCAAAUUGUAGACGAGAACACGAUCAUUCACAAAGUCCUCAUUAUCCUUACUAAUUGUAACAUUCAACGAGCUAACAUAUAAUAAUAGGCCACGCUUUGUUACACUUCAUAAGUUCUCAACAAUCCAUUGAAUUUCCAAAGCACGAUUGCCGCCAUUUUCACGAGAACUUUACCGGCUGAAUAUUUACCAAUCUGAUGAUUAAACUGGUUUGACAGAAACGCACAGACUACAAUCAUUAAAAAAGCAAAAGUACGUUGACUCCCUUAGCUUUUCACAAACUUUAGAUAUUUUAUGUUUCCUUAUGUAGAGAGUAUAUUGUAGGUUUUAUCUGGCCCCUGUAGGCGUUAAAUGUUUUCCCAGUCCACAAAUUGUUUCUCAACAAAUGUUUAUAUAAUUUAAAUUCAUUGCACACGGCUAUUUUGUCUAUGGACUGUAUCGAAAUGUCGAGGCUAAGACUUUAAAAUCGCCCAAUGCGAACAUUUUUCUACUUUGGUUAAAGGGGAUUUCAUAUUUACGUAUCAUGAGAGUAUGAUACUAAGAAACGACUUCACAUACUUCAUGUGAACAUUACUUAUAUAUAUAUUUAUAUAUAUAUUAUUGAUUGCAAAUUUUAAUUUAAAAAACAUUCAAUGUAAAUAUUUAGAUGAUUUUAUUCACAUUCAUGUCAAUAAAGAGAUUUAUAACAAUA